AUGGCCGUCGGGAAAAGGCGGUUUCUUUCCUCAAAGGAAAGGACACGGCGGGAAUCUGCAAAAAAGCUAAUUGAGAAUAUAAAUGGAAAUAGAAAUGAAAUCUUCAAAGUUGAUCAACAAAUCGCUGAUAAACCUGUCAUUAACAUAGACCAAGACGAUACAGAUGUAACAUGGAAAGAUGGUCGGCGCCUAGUUGAGCUUUCAUUACUAGCCGAAGCUUUGAAAGCUUGCGUGGGUUGUGGCUCAAACUUAAAAUUGCAUAAUACUAUUAACGAACAAAGAUUUGGAUUUGCCAGUAUAUUGAACAUUUCUUGUGAAAAAUGUGGAGACGUGACUGCUAUACCAACCAGCAAAAGACAUUUCACUGGACAACGAGGACCUGGCGCAUUUGACAUAAAUACCAAAAUGGCACUAGGAAUGACCGAUUGUGGCUCUGGACAUCGGCAACUCAAUAAGUUGUUUGCCACAAUUGGAGUUCCAGGCAUUUCUGCUAAUGCCCUCAAGACACGGGAAAGAGAAGUAAAUAAACCCCUGGUAGAAACAGCCAAAAAAUCUUGCCUCGAAGCCAUUGAAGAGGAGACUGCUUUAACGCUUGAUGAUACACCACACAAGGGGCUCGCAAUUAAAUAUGACAUGUGUUGGCAAAAAAGGGGGAGUGGAAGGUCGUAUGACAGUCCAUCUGGAGUGGGUACCGCUAUAGGAUCGAUGACGGGGAAAAUACUCGAUUAUGGUAUUUGCGGGAAAAACUGUAGAAUCUGUUUAUAUGCUGAAAAGAUAAAUAUUGAAGCUAGGCCUCAUAACUGUAAAAAAAAUUGGAAUCAAUCCUCAAAAGCCAUGGAGGCCUUCACGGGAGCAAAGCUGAUGCAGAAUAUUGAAGAACUUUCUCAUAAACCAGUAACAAUUCUUAUAAUGGAUGAUGACGCUGCAACCAUGUCAAAAGCUAGGGAAGUAUUGGGACAUGAGUUGGAAAAAUGGAGCGACAUUGGUCACUCCAAAAAGUCGGUAGGAAAGGCAUUGUACAACUUACAAAAUAAGCACAAGAUAUUGAGUACACGUGUCAUACAGUAUUUUCAGAAAUGUUUUUCGUAUGCUGUCACUCAAAAUAAAGAUAAUGCUUCAGGGUUAAAGGAUGCACUGCAAGCAAUAGUUGAACAUGCAUUUGGAAAUCACGUCAAGUGUGGUAACUGGUGCAAAGCAGGAAAUGUAGAUUAUACAUAUAAAUCACUUCCACAUGGCAAACCUUUCGAAAAUGAAUCGCUGUAUGUUGACUUAUCUGUUAUAUUCAAAUCUGUUGCUAACCAUUCCGAGAAACUUGCCCCUGGAGGCUCCACAAGGGAUGUAGAAUCUACCAACAAUAUAUAUGCAAGUAAAGCCCACAAGCGCACAUGUUACAGUACAAGUGAAUCCCUUGAAAAUAGAAUUGCUGCUGCAGCUGCACAAAAAAAAUCUAGGGUAUAA